ACUGACCCUCUACUUCAGUCAAUCCUCUUUGGGAUAACGAAUCGAAAUGAUUUACUGAUCUUCACCAUUGAGGUUAUAGUUGUGUACACUAAAAUUUAACAGUGAGUAUGGCAAAUAUGUCAUAAAAAACGACAAUAUAAAUAAAAAAAAACGUGCAGUGAUACGAUAAAAUAAAAAAGACAACAUGUUGAGUUGUGGGCGAGGAAUUGGACAAAUAUCGCGCUUCACCAGACAUGCUUACCCCAAUUGCAUAAAAUCUGCAGUUUUUGAAUUCACUGGCAGAAUUGGUAGUUUGAGACAUGCCAGUGAUGGAAAAAUUGACAAAUCUGGGAAGCAACGCGGGGCGACUCUCAGGGCUGAGGAAUGCAUGCCACCAAAAUUGAGUAAAACCGAUACCUCGGCCAAGAAUUCUGGUUCCUGUCCACCAGAAUGUGAGGAAAUCUGUGGAAAAAUACCCGAGAGGGGCCCAGGGAAUGACAACAACUCUCCCAAGUAUUGGAAACAGAUUAUUGCGGUUAUACUUGUCGCAGGGGUUACAAUUUACACGUACACGCGUAUUGACUCGCUGAGAGACAAGGAGGGCUCAGCAUCCAAAAAUUCCUCGAAAAAGAAAAAAGACAGCGAUAAAACGGGCAAGGCAAGAGCCCGCUACCCAGUGAGUUCAGCUGCCCUCCCAGCAGAUGUUCCCUAUUUAUUAAUCGGAGGGGGAACUGCUGCAUUUUCCGCAUUUCGCUCGAUAAAAUCUAAGGACCCUAAGGCUAAGGUACUUGUGAUAUCCAAUGAGCCAGAUCAGCCGUACAUGAGACCACCGUUGUCCAAAGAGCUCUGGUACAAUAAAGACAGAGAGGUGACAAAGCAGUUGACUUUUAAGCAAUGGAAUGGAACAGAGAGAAGUUUAUUCUACGAACCUCCAGAGUUCUACUCAAGCGUCGAUAACCUCAUGAAAUCUGACAAGGGUGGUGUUGCCGUAGCAACAGGCUGGACAGUAAAAACUAUUGACCCCUUCAAUAGAAUAGCAAUCCUCGAAGAUGGCUAUGAAAUAAAAUACGACAAGUGUCUCAUUGCCACCGGUACAUCGCCAAAAAAUCUAUCGAUAUUUGAAAAUGCUGAUCAAUCAGUUAAAUCUAAAGUCAUUCCGUUCAGGACGAAGGAUGAUUUUCUAGAGCUCGAGGAGAGGCUCGCUGAUCCCAAAAUCAAGAAUAUUGUUAUUGUUGGAGGGGGUUUUCUGGGAUCAGAACUCGCCUGCUCUCUCUCACGAAAUCUUCAAAAUACGCAGAGACGUGUGUAUCAGGUUUAUAAGGAGAAGUUUAUAAUGUCGCAGGUUUUACCGGAAUAUUUGAGCGAGUGGACCACGAAGAAGUCUGCUCUAGAGGGUGUCACGUGUAUUCCUAACGCUGAGAUUGAAAAUUAUGAAGUUAAUAAGGGACAACUCAAUUUGAUAUUGAAUAAUGGCAAAAGGAUCGACGCUGAUCAGGUGGUAGUGGCUCUUGGAGUGAAAGCCAAUACUGAACUGGCUGAGCCAUCGAAUCUCGAGGUGGACCCAGAUAUCGGGGGAUUCCUGGUGAAUGCCGAGCUAGAAGCACGAAGCAAUUUGUGGGUAGCUGGAGAUGCAGCUUGUUUUUAUGAUGUUAAAUUGGGUCGAAGACGAGUUGAGCAUCACGAUCAUGCAGUCAUCUCUGGAAGACUGGCUGGUGAAAAUAUGACAGGAGCUGGCAAGCCCUAUCUACACCAAUCCAUGUUUUGGUCAGACCUGGGACCCGACGUUGGUUACGAGGCCAUUGGGAUCGUCGAUUCCACUCUCCCGACAGUUGGAGUCUUCGCUAAGGCUGAGGACAGGGACAGUACUGCCAAGACAGGAGCUCCAUCCAGCAAAGAUCAAUUGAAAGCAGAGGGAGAGAUCCAUCACCCCACGGAAUCAGGGCAGGACUAUGGAAAGGGAGUAAUUUUCUACCUGCGAAAUGAUACGGUCGUUGGAAUUGUCCUGUGGAACAUCUUCAAUCGCAUGUCACUGGCUCGUCAAGUUUUGGCGAGAGGAACACAAUAUGAGGACUUAAAUGAAAUAGCCAAGCUGUUCGCCAUUCACGAAGAGUAAUUGUCGCGUAUCACUCGCCAAUUCAAAUAAAAAUGUAUAAAAGAGUUUCAGAACUCGUACAAAUCAA